GUUAUAUCGCAAAAACUUUUUAAUGCGAUUUUAUUAGCUUGGAAGCACUGUUUGCUAGAUGUCAUGGCGGCUAUAUACAGCCAGACAGAGAAGUGUCAAAUAGAAAAAACUUACUAAACGCGAUUAUCUUCGGAUUUGCAGAUUUCUCUGGCUGAAAUUUCAAAAGAAAAAUUUUAGUAAAUUUAUAAGCAUUCAAUCAAUAUUACAUAUAUAGUGCGAAAUAAUUCUAUGCCAAAAAGGCAAUUAAUUAUGGCGCUAUUUACUAUGCUGUGAUUUGUCAGUUUAAUCGAUUUGUUCAACCAGCUACUCAACCGUGCAAUAAUACGGGAGGGGUAGGGUAAAUUACAUAUUCCAGGACAAACAGCGACAGUGUGUCGCAAACAAGGACGUUCGGUUGAAGAUUAAACAACUGAGUAUUAAAGCAAAGAAAUGUAUAACGGCAUUGGUUUAACAACGCCACGCGGGUCAGGCACUAAUGGACAUGUACAGCGUAAUUGGGCAUUUGUACGACCCGGCAAAAAAGACAAUUCAAAUUAUCGUUCUGAAGAAGAUAUCAAAAAAUUAGACGCAACCUUAAAUCGUCCACCUAAUAAGGAGAUAUUAGAUCAUGAUCGAAAACGUAAGAUUGAAGUGAAGUGCAUAGAAUUCGAGGAGAUAUUGGAAAAGCAAGGGCGUACUCCAGAAGAAAUAAAAACAAAAGUUGAUUCGUAUCGUCAAAAGUUAAUGGGACUAGGAAAAAGCGAUUUACCAAAGGAUGAAUUUGGAAGAAUAGCUGUCCGAGAGACUCAUCAAAUUGCUGAAGCGCAACAGGAGAAAAACGCCAAGCUGCGUGAAGCUUUCAAUAUAUCUGAAUAUUUUGUCGAAGGCUCCAGUUUUGACUCGGAUCGUAAAGCUAAGGAAGAUUUAGCCAAAAGUCUGGCGCUACAAAAGGAAUUAGACGCGCAACGCGAAAGCGCGGCUGCAGGCAGAGAGAAGGAGAAGGAACGUGACGAUAAGCGUCGUUAUGCUUUAGUGCGCACACCAUCACGUGAAAAAGACAAUACCGGUAGUGGCGGUAGCAAAGCUGAUAACAGUGAUAAUGAAGUUCACGAGCAUGCUUCGAGAUCGGAGAAAAAGAAAAAGAAGAAACGCACACGGGAUAGUUCUGGCAGCCCUGAACGUAAGAAGGACAAGAAGAAAAAGUCUAAAAAACACAAAAAAGAAAGUAAAUCGAAAAAGAAGAAGUCACGCAAGCGUAAAGCAAGCGAAUCCGAUAGCGGAGAUUCCGAUCAUGGCUAUGAUCAUGAGAAGAAUAGCAGCGAUUCAGAGUACGAGCAGAAGAAGCAACGCAAACGCGCCAAAAAGGAUAAGAAAAAACGCGAUAAGAAGAAGAAAAAAGAACGCAACGGCUCCGUGGAAAAGUCGCGCUCGAGAUCCCAUGAACGCUCUGCUAGAGCUGACCGCAAACGUUCUGAGGAGAGAUCAGCCAGGCGAGAUGAUCGCAGUAAUGCGAGACAUCAAUCUAAAUCUUCAACAAGAAAUCCAUUUGAACGCAAAUCUCCAGAAAGAAAUGUCCGAAAUGACCGUCGGCGUUCGGAGGAAAGAUCAAUGAAACGUAGCGAUCAUGCGUCGCCACGUAACGCAUCCAAAUCAUCGACCAAUAAUCCUUUUCGCAGUCGUUCUCGUGAACGUCGAUCACCACAAAAAUCACAACGCCACAAUUCUUUGGCGAAAAGUUGCAGCCGGGAACAUUCCAGAGAACGACAGCGUGAUCAGGAGCGUCGCAAACGUCGUGAUCGUGAUGAUCACUCAAGUGAACGUCGUAAAGCAGUAUCUGUGGAACGUAAUUCUCGUCAUGGCAAGCGAGAAACUUCACGUUCAGUAUCACGUGAUAGGCAUCGUCAAGCACACUCCAGCGCUCGUCACGAAAAUGCGUCAAAUAUUUCACGUCACCCCCGUACACGUUCGCGCUCACGUUCUAAAUCUGUACACCGUAACAAUCGCAAGCGUUCGCCUUCCGCUAACAAAGUUGAGAAAUUCCGCAAACGUACUAUUACACCUACAGUGCCACCAUCAAAGAGCGCCGCUGCUUCUGUUUCACCAACGCGUUCUGAUUCUAGCGCUAGAAAGAAUCCAUUUAAUCCAUUCAAAGUUGAUGUACCAACACUUGGUGGCGCUCUUGCAUCUAUUGGUGGUGAUGCGCGUCCUAUCUCCAAUCCAUUUAAGAAUGUUGCUGAUCCCAUAAAGAUGCCAAAAAUGCCGAGCCGCACCCGAUCUCCUUCUGCGGCAAGCAGUGGUGUCAAUCGAAUUGGCAAAGACAGCUCGCAUUCAAAGAAAGACUCCUUGCGCAUUAGUCGUGCUAGAUCACCUCUUCGUGCGUCAUCAGUACACUCAACGCAUUCGAGUAAAGACGCGCGUGUAUCGAAAGGAGAAAGACAAUUCAUUAGAGAACGUUCGCGUGAACGCAGAAACUCGCCUGAUGGGCGACGCUCUCCACCACGAGCGGAGCGUGAAGUUAAAAAGGAAAAAGAAGACUCACGUGAACGUGAAGUCAAAAAGGGUAGGGAACAAUCACGUGAGCGCGAGUUAAAAAGGGAGCGUGAAAGUUCACAUGAGCACAUAGUUAAAAAGGAAAGAGAGCGUUCACGUGGACGUAGAAAUUCAGGGUCGCGCCAACAACGAUCAAAGUCGCGUACUUUCCAAGAAUCUAAGCGACGCCAACGUUCAGGUAGUCGUGAAAAAUCGCCUUUAUCCCGGCGAUCCGCAUCGCGCACUGAUCGCAAUGUUGAAAAACGUGGAAAAAGUUCUCGUGAUCUUCGUAGGUCGUCUGAUGAAAGUUCUGCACAGCAACGCUCUGGACGUGAAUUGAAAGAGAGAGAGCGAUCGCGUGAAGAGCGCAGCGAGCAUCGAAGAUCUGAAGAGCGUCGUGUGCGUCAAUCGCCUAAAAAAAUGUCACCACCACGACGCCGUCGUCGUUCAAGGUCACACUCUUCUUUAAAACUCACAGCAAGUAGAGUCACUUCUUCACCAUCACGUGCUAAAUCACGUUCACCACAUGAAAAAAAUAAGAAAGGUAUGAAUUAUCCAAGCUCCAAUCGGCGUACAGAAACGGAAACGGCUACUAAACGUCGCUCACAAUCGCGUGAUUCCUCGGAGUUAAGUUACUCCCCGGCACGUCGUAAUCCUGAGCGUUAUCGCGAGAUACUCGAAGCUGCAGAUAAAGGUAAAACAAAAGAGCACGAAACUAAGAAACGCAACGAUGAUACCGAACAAUCUUCGCACGAUACACGAAAAGUGCGUAAAAUGCAAGAAGAGUAUUCUGCUAAUGAGCGUGAUGAUCGCGGGCGCAGUGGCCAAAUCAGAGAGCACACAAAUAGCGAUAGCAGUCGAGUACGAGUUGAACAAGGUGCUAAUCGCGAUCGGGAACGUGGUCGUGAGCCACGUGAACGCAAUAUUGAUUGCAAUGAACGACCUCGCAGCAAAGAAAAGCGCAGUAAAGAACAUAAACGCGAACGCGAGACACGCGAUUCGUCAAGCACCAAACGCAUCAAGCUUAUGUCGGGUCCAGUGGUGCGUUUGCAAGGUCAGAGCGAAGACGAAAACGAUGCAGAUGAACGUCCAGAGAAAAUAGCUGCAUCGCUCGAUGAAUUCCAAGAAACCAAGCGGGGACGAGAACUGAAGGACAUGGAAAUGUUAGAGCAGCUGAAAACGGAUAUAGCUGCAAAAGCAAAAGAAAAAUUAAAGACGAUUGAGAAAUUGGCCGUCGGCGGAGGAAAUCUUGGUAAUGAACCAUUGGUAGCGGCACUAGCCGACAGUACACUCGUCGAUGCGAUCGUCUCCAAAGUAUCUACAGCUACAGUAGCGGCAGCAGAGAGCGCUACACGUCGCAGUCGCAGCCGUUCAAGACGGAGUCGCAGUCGCAGUCGUAGUCGGCCACGACGUGAUGGCGGUGGCGCUGGCGGCGGCGGAGGGGGAACAGGAGCAGCAAGUGGAAAUGGAGGAACAAAGAGUCGGCGUUCUACAAGCCGAUCGCGUUCAACGCAUUACUCUUCGUCGAGCAGCCGCAGCCGCAGUCGUUCGCGUAGUCAUAGCCACCGUACUUCACGUUCUCGCUCACACUCACAUUCAUCGCAUUCGAGCUGUUCGACACGAAGUAGUUCACGGAGCUCAUCAAGCUCUGGCAGUUCUGGUUCCUCCCGUACCGGCUCGCGUUCACCAUCAAUUCCGCGAAGGCGUGGAUCUCCCAGCUUUUUAGACCGCCGUCGCAUAACAAGUGCACGCAAACGUCCAAUACCUUAUCAUCGCAAGACACCCUCAGAUGCUUCCAGCUAUUGUUCAAGCUGCUACAGUCGCGAGAGUUCGCCGCAUUCGCCAUCACGUUCACCAACACGCAGCAGUCGCAGUCCAUCUACGGCAUUUUGAGGUUUAAAGAAGAAACUUAUUAAAGUUUUACAAAAUAUCACAUAAGAAGAAAUUUAAAAAUCGUACGGAAUCCAGUGAAAUCUUCAACUGCAAUGGAAGUCACAAUAAUAUGGCGUAGGGAGGCUGAUAAAAGUAGAAAAUAGUGCAAGCUCUAAGCAUGAGUAUUAUUUCUAGUCCUAUGCAAGCAUUCUAGUCGUUGUUUUUAUUUUUAUUAUUAUUAUUAUUUUUUUUUUUGAUUAGCGCAUUUACAUUUACAUUAGAAAAUAAGAACACUGCUAGUCAAGUAUUACAUAUGACGUGUAAUGCGUUUUGUUAUUUCGUAGAUAUUAAUCGUUUUUUAUUUGGUCAUAUUUGAAGUGCUAACGGCAUUACUAUUCAUUGAAAUUCCUUUAGUUAAUGAAACAUACAUAAAUACAUAUAUACUCAAUUUAGUUGUAACAAAUGUGUAAGAUUAAAUUAAAUUUAGUCCAUAAGUAUAAUCUAAUGUAAAUUAUUUAAGAAAAAAGACACCA